UCUAGUCUGUUUCGCCUUUGAAUCUCUGUUAGAAGAUGACUUCACUGGCCAUCCCCAAUCAAUGGACAGUCAUGGCGGAACACAAUAAUCAAACACUCACCAUGAAUGUACAUUCUGUGAGAGCAUUCAAGAAAAUCAACCCAUUAAUCCACUUCCCUAAAAUCUCUCUUUACAACCAUCACUCACAUUUUCAACUUUGCUUCUCGCAAUCUUCCUACAAUAGUACUCACCAAAAUCCCCAUUCAUUUGUGACAAAAGGUUUCAUUCUUAUGAUCUUCUCAUUCGCUCUUCUUUCCCUUCGUAUAAUUUCCACUAUUCUUCUUCCUGAGUUUCCUCAAAGAUGGAGUCGACUUAUCGCAUUCUCUAAACAAGCUGAGUCGGAGGUGAUGAGUAGUUGUCCACAGCAUUUGAUUCGAGCUGUGGUUGCCUAUGAGGAUAGACGAUUCUUUCGCCAUUUUGGCGUCGACCCAGUUGGCAUUGCUCGUGCUGUUUUGUCACUCUCGUCUCGUGGUGGCGGAAGCACCAUUACCCAACAGCUUGUCAAAAUCUCAUUCUUGAAGAAUGAACGCACAUUUUUGAGGAAAAUUGUUGAGAUGAUUCUGGCUUUAGCACUCGAGGGAACAAUCUCAAAAAUGGAAAUCUUGAGUGCUUAUUUGUGUAAGAUAUAUUGGGGACAUGGUAUUUGUGGUAUUCAAUCUGCAUCAAAAUUGUAUUUUGGAAAGCACAUAUCCCUUCUUAGCUUGGGAGAAUGUGCUAUGCUUACAGCAAUGAUACCAGCGCCAGAGCUCCGGUCACCAUUCAGGGACAGUAGCAGAGGGAAAAUCUUCCAAGCUAGAGUUCUGAAAAGGAUGGUGGAAUUUGGAUUUCUUGAUGUAGAGAUGGCAAGCAUUGCUGUAAAACAACCUCUCAGAUUCAAUUCUGAAAGCCCAGAUCAUCCAGAUGGGUCCUUGGUUAUAUCGUCUUUCUCUAAUGAGCAUUCAAGUACCAACACAAAGUGUGAUGGAGACUUAUUCUCAACCAUUAAGAGAGUUUGGGACUGGGAAACAGAAAGCAAAAUCUGGGAAGUGAAAGAGGACAUGGACAAAUGGGCAACUGGUGUAAAACGAUUGGGAAGCAUCGAUGAUUCCAAAUUCAAAUCAAAACUUCUUUUCAUUAUCAGAUUUCUGCUUCACCAGAUAUCUCCGCAAGACAGUAACAGGUGUUGCAGUUGCACGAUCAUCAUUUAUCGGUUCAACAAGUGUCUCAUCUGUACUACUCUACUUUGAUAUUGCAACAUUCUCAAUGCCAGGAAUCUCAUUGUUGUUUAUCUGUUGCUCUUGUAUGUGGUUCAGGGAUGUGAAGUGACUCAAGAUCAUGAGAAGAUACAUCACUCCCAUGUCAUGAAAUGUGAGAGGUACUCUUAAUUGUGGAAAAAGGUUUGGCAAAAGGAAACACAUGUUCCUUAAAAAUGACAUCCCUGUGAUGACGACUCUCAACACACACAAGUGUACGUGAUCGUCUAAGUAAUACAAACUUGUGUAGUCCGGAUAUCGUACCCAAGGACUUGUGAUUUAGCAAGAAUCUAGUAAAUUCUAAUACUGGAAUUUUAGACAAGUGUUAAAGUAACCAAAAGAAGAUUUUUGAUUGUUAUUUAUAUGUACUUAAAUUUAAAGACUGAAAAAUAAAUAAAGAUUGUGAUCACUAUUGGAGAGAGAUU